AUGGCAAGUGAAGAUGAAUUCGACUUGGCAGAUUUAUGUUUUGCAAAUAAUGUUGAAAUAAAUAUGUUCGACGAACUUUUAAACUUUAAUAGUCAACCACAAAUAAUAGAAGAAGCUACUAAAUUACCUGAAACUAAAACUAAACCUGACAAAUUCACUGAUUCAGAGGAGAAAUUAUAUUUUCUAACAAAAAGACUAAGUUUUGUAGAUUGGAAAGACGUUGAGAGGUAUAAUAAAUCACGAACAAAAAGUCGAAAGUAUCAAAAACAUAUAGCAGCUUUUAACGAUGAAGUGCCAAAAAAAGUAUUAAAAGAAAAUACUAAUUUAUAA